UUAAAUAAAAGUACCUCUCGCAAAUACUUAUGGUACCUAGUAUAUAGUUUUAGUUUUGAAAUUUUUACUUCUACUGGCCUUAAGAAAAGCUCUUCAGUUUCAAAAAGUAAUUCUAAGGAAAAUCUCAUCAUGCAGAAGAAAGAAGGUAAUACAAAUUCUUUAAAAUAUAUAAGUUUAGUAACGUUAACUUUACAAAAUGCCCUUUUGGGAUUGAGUAUGAGGUAUGCAAGGACUCGCGAUGGGGACAUGUUUCUAUCAUCAACAGCUGUUCUCAUGUCCGAAGUGGUGAAAUUAAUUACAUGCAUAGGAAUAGUGUACAUAGAAUCAGGGGGAGUAAUCAAACUGUUUGAUACCAUCGACAAACAAAUAAUCAAACAACCCAUAGACACACUCAAAGUAUGUGUGCCUUCUUUCGUUUACGUUAUACAGAACAACCUUCUGUAUUUAUCGGCAUCCCAUUUGGAUGCAGCAACAUAUCAGGUAACGUAUCAACUAAAAAUUUUAACAACGGCCAUGUUCUCAGUUUUCAUACUGAAAAAGGAGCUGUUACGCACCCAAUGGAUCUCUCUUUUAACUUUGAUAAUAGGAGUGGUUCUAGUCCAACUUGCUCAAUCUGGCGAUGCACCUACUGCCGCUACCGGCCCCGAACAGAACAGAUUCAUCGGAUUUAUGGCGGCAUUGGCAGCGUGUUGUCUUUCUGGUUUCGCCGGGGUCUACUUCGAGAAAAUGUUAAAGGGUAGUGACGUGACCGUUUGGAUGCGUAACGUCCAACUGUCGCUGUGCUCGGUACCUUUCGGCCUGAUCUCCUGCUUCACCUAUGACGGCCAAAUUAUCAAAGAGAAAGGUUUCUUUUUCGGAUACGACAAAUUUGUUAAUUAUCUGAUCGUUCUUCAGGCUUGUGGGGGCCUUAUAGUCGCGGUCGUUGUUAAGUAUGCCGACAAUAUUUUGAAAGGUUUCGCCACGUCUUUGGCCAUUGUCAUUUCCUGCGUUGCUUCUAUAUACAUAUUUAACUUCGAACUCACGCUGCAGUUUGCACUAGGAGCCCUGUUUGUUAUCUUUUCCAUAUUUCUUUACGGACAUACUCCCAAGAAACCUGUCGCGUCUGCCGCGUAUAGAGUAUAGUGUUUACUGCCUGUCCAGAGGAUUUUAUAUGCCAGUUUUAUUUUAUUUUUAAGGCCCCUCCCUGCCGUUAUCAAUAUGCGAAUCGUGAAGUUGUGAUGAUAGUCGUCUGAGAAAUUAUAUUGACUUAACUAUUUUUUAAUUGUAAGUUUUAUUCUUGAAGUAAUAUACUGCCUAUACGGGGUGCUUUAAAUUUGAUAUUUUCGCAACAAAAUACUUUUCUUGCUUGUCUUAAGGCCUUUAAGUCAUUAUUUAUGGAUAGAUCUGGAUAUUUCUUCACAUUGAAAGAUUAAAAAUGAUAUUUUCAUCCUUGUUCAUAGUAUAGACAAAGUUGGGAAUAAAAACAAUAGAUGGUAACGGGAUUUACACUAAGAGGAAUUUUGAGAAAGAACGCCAUCUAGUGUUUUCAUUCCUAAGUUUGACUAUAGCCUCAUUUCGUCCAUUCGAGUCAGUAUUACAUGAAAUUUUAACAUUUUAAAUUAUUUUUGAAACAUCGACUGUCCCUGUUUGUGAUUAUACUUAAGUUAAAAUGUAUUAAAAAUUGUGAAUUUAAUUGGUAAUUCUUGAUCGAGUCAUAUAUACAUACCUUUAUACAAAAUUAUUUAUUUAUAUAAAUUCCAUAACGUUAUUAAGUGGUGAUUGACAUCUUUUUAUAUACUUACCUAUUUA